GCUAGUUUGUGCCUCCACGCCGCAUUCUCGUCGCACCUUUAGGUAAACAACGUUGAGCUGUCCAGCUCAAGACUCUUAUCCAUGGCUCAUAACGCUGAAGAAGUGAACGAGAGAGAGCUUUUCCUGUAUUCUAGGGAUAGACAUCCCGCAAGCGAAGCCGUUGUUUUCCUCGAAAAUCAUGUUGCACUGCCUGGCCAACAACCUCCGGUCUUCAGCGAGCAAAGGGGGGAACUUGUCUCCUUAGAAGAUGCUAGAGAGCAACAGCAAAAAAGUGCGUUGAUGUGGAAAGAAGUCGACGGGGAGAAAGAACGGCUCUUCGCUCUGAUGAUACAAGUACAGGGAAAGAUUUCAAAGAGGAAGAACGGAGACCGCCAAGUUCAAGCACUUUCGGAAACCGACCUGAGGCAAUGCAGCUGGGGACAGGUUCUGACCGAAGUCGACAAGACCGCGGAGCGGUGGAAGGGUGGACCCGACAAGGAGAGCAAAACAAUGGUGUUCAUUGACAGAAUCGGCAAGUAUUCAAGUGCUCUGGAAGCAUGGCUUGGGCUGUUACCCAUGGGGGACUACGGGUCAAGCAUCUGCGGCGUGUUCAAGCUGGCGAUUGGAGCUGCGACGCAGUACAGCAGUACUGGGGAGACAAUCUUUCAGUUCUUGGCUGAUAUACCGGAUAUUAUGGAGAACGCGAAGCAAACCGUUGCCCUCUACCGGGAGAUGGGGGGACAUUCGCUAGAACGGAAAAGCUUUGAGCUAUUUAGAGCGGUAUUGAAGGCUCUAAAUCACAUCAUGCAAUUUUUUGCGGACAGCAAGUUGGAAAAGUUCUUCCAGGUCACGAUAAAGCAGAGCGCGUACAAGAGCGAAUUGCAAGCUAGCAUGGACGUCGUCAAGAAACAAGUCCAGGCUUUCAAGGAGGAAGCUUACAUCUGCCACGCUCGAGAAACUCACGGACACUCCCGCCUGUUGGCCAAAAUCGAACAGGACAACGAGCGUUUUCAGAAGAGCCUUCUCCAAAUGCUCGAGUCUAGCCCUUACUUCCAGUCGAGUCGUUCAGAGCGUCUCGCCCCAGACUACAGGGCUCUCCCACCAAGAAUCACCGGCUACGACUUGGCGAAUGUCGACUACUCAGUGUCGGCCGAUGAAGCCAACGAACAUCCGCGUCACCUCAGCUCCCAAGACUUUUGGAAGCAGUCGUACGAAGACACAGCGGAAGCCAAAGCGGCAGCCGAGGCAGCGAGAUCGAAGCUUCUUCGGCUGCUGAAGUAUGACAGGGAGACCGUUCAGAACGACAUUGCUUCUUGUCUCCGACUUGGCCAUCGUCUUCAUGAGAAAGGGAAAUCGAAAGCGGCAAAGCUUUUCCGAAACGACGACUUCAAGGCCUUCAUGGGGCAGUCCCAAGCCUCGACCAGCCUUCUCGUCAACGGUCGGGAUGAUCUCGCCGCGGCGGACGGGAUAUCUCCCCUUAGCCUCGCAGCGGCCGAGCUGACGCGGAUCUCCCAAAGUGAAGGGUCUGAAUUUGGACAGUUCUUUGUCAUCAACUUUUUCUGUGGCGAGCACCGUCCAAGACAUUCACUGAACCCUGACGCAGCUUGGCAAUCAUCGGCAGUUGGUAUGAUCGCGAGUCUGGUCGGCCAACUUCUCAGCCAGACGACAGAUCGGGGAAUGGGACUAAAUCUCUCCUUCAUGAACGACUCAAAAUGGAGGAAGGUAGAGAGGCUCGAACCGAAGGUUCUAUGCACAGUAUUUGGAGAGUUGGUGAGACAGCUGCCCUCGGGUGCGUUGGUUCUAUGUAUUGUUGAUGGGAUUGCGGUUUACGAGACACAGGCGAUGCAGCCUCAAACCAUGCUCGUGAUGGAGAAGCUGGUACGACUGGUGGGCAAGUUGGCGAAUGGACCGCAAAUCUUUAAGUUGCUUGCUACCUGUCAGAAUCGAGCCUUGGGGGUAUCGCAACUUUUUCGGGGACGCACUCUGGAUUUGCCGGAAACCGUUGAUGUAGAUGACGCGGCAGAUUAUAUGAUCUCGACGAUGGGGCGUCAGAGGUCGUGAUGGGCACAUUGUUACAUCGAGUCUUGAUAUUCAUUGGCGGGCGAUGGCGCAGACAAUCCGAGGAAAAUGGUUUUAUUUAUAUCAUUUCUCUCUUCCAGAGGAUUUUGCUCUCAGCGAUUGACCUUUCUGAAAAUUAUUCAAACACCACCCAAACCGGGAAUCGCUACAAUCCGCCGGGGGAAUGUCUCUACCUCCAGUAUGCGGUAGGCUCAAGACUCCGUAGCGGAAGUGAAGGUUAGGGUGAUAGAGGUAUGGAUUAAGAUUUGGGUUCAAGGAACCAUGAAAAACGCUGCUCAUAUCUCU